AUGACGGUUAUAAGAGAUCGUUUUCCUCAGGUAAAACAUUGGCAAGCUGCAGUUGGAAUCGCUUGUGUCGGUUUUUGCGUAGGAACAGUUUAUGUUACUCCGGGAGGCCAAGCCGUUUUAAACCUUGUGGAUCAUUUUGGAGCUUCAUUCAUCGUUUUCUUUUUGGCGAUCGCACAAAUGUUGGCAAUCAGUUGGAUAUAUGGUUUGGACAAUUUCUGUCGGGACGUCCGCUUCAUGCUGGGCGAGAAAGUGGGCCACGUAACCCGUUACUGGCGUAUCUGCUGGGGCGUCGUGACUCCCAUUCUGAUGGUCGUCAUCCUGAUAUACACGUUAGUGACUCUGACCCCUCUCAAGUACGCCGGUCAAGAUUAUCCGGAUUAUGUGUACGCUGUUGGCUGGUGCUUGGCGGCCGCUGGCUUGGCUCAAUUACCAUGUUGGGCAAUUUGGGCUUUAUACCAACAAAAAGGACAAAAUUUCCUACAAAGGCUUUGGGGUGCUUUAUCCCCUCAAUCGAAUUGGGGACCCCUGGACGACCAAACUCGCAGCGAGUGGAGAGCUUUCAAACAACUCGAAGACGAAAAGGAACUCGCCCGAGGCUCACCAAGAAACUUUUGGGAAAGGCUGAAAGACGCGUUACUUGGACAAUAA